AUGGCGAUGUCCGAUCUUCCAAAUGAUUUGGUGGAGGAGAUCAUCUCUAGGGUUCCGGUAAAAUCUAUAAGAGCAGUAAGCUCUACUUGCAAAAACUGGAACACUUUAUCCAACGAUCAUAGCUUUACGAGGAAGCUCUUUGGUAAAACAAUAACAACAAAGGAAAAUGAGUGUUUGGUGGUCAUGAUGAUGGAUUCUAAGGUUUAUUUAAUGAGCGUCAAUCUCCAUAGAAUUCACAAAGAAAACGACGACAACAACAUUAAAUCAUCUAUCAUGCAUAAAGCUAAACUCAUUAGCCUAAACGAUGAUGACAUACUCAAUAAUACAUAUAUAAUUUUUCACUGCAAUGGUUUACUGUUAUUGUUAGGCUUCACCGACGAUGGCAUCAAGCUUGUGGUUACGAACCCUCAUUUAGGGCAAACAAGGUGGAUCAAACCUAGAAAAGCUAAUUACCAGUUUUGUGACAAGUACGCUAUCGGAUACGAGAAGAAGAAGAACAACUCUCUUCGUACCAACAAAAUGUUGUUAUUUCAUAAAGAAUCCUUCUGCUUCCGGAUUUAUUGGUUUGAAAUCUACAACUUUAACUCUGCUUCAUGGAAUGUUUUCUAUUUCACUCGUGACUGGGAAUUACCGUAUUCUCAAGGCGUGUCUCUCAAGGGAAACACUUACUGGUUUGCUAGAGAGAUAAAUAUAAGAGGAGAAAGAAUAGAUGAUCCUCCUGACUUCUUGAUCUGUUUUGACUUUACAACAGAGAGAUUUGGACCGCGUCUUCACCUGCCCUUUCACUCUCAUUCUGAUGAUACUGUGAUUCUCUCUAGUGUUAGAGAAGAACAGCUUGCGGUGUUGAUUAAGCGCUUCGAUUUAUGGAGGAUGGAGAUUUGGGUUACGACUAAGAUUGAGCCUAAGGAGGUCUCAUGGAACAAGUUGUUCUUAGCGGUUGAUAUGAUACCACUGAUCACUGCUUUUCAGUUUUGUAAUGUGAGUUUUUUCAUUGACGAGAAGAAGAAUGUCGUCGUGGUUCUUGGUAAAGAUGUGUUGAAUACACGAAACAUAGCUAAUAUUAUUGGAAAUGAUGGAUACUUUAAACAAGUGGAUCUUGGAGAAUCUACAAACAAAUAUUGUUACCCACUUGUGUGCUCUUAUGUUCCAAGUUCAGUGCAAAUCAAGCAAGCUACACGAGUGAUGCAUCAUCAUCACAUUGUCUUGAGAGCAGUUGUUAGAGCGGUGAGGGAUAGUGAUAGAGAGCGGAAGCUAAAUAACGGACGAGAACAUAAAAUCUCUAGAAGAACUCGGAUUCACGAACGGAUCUUGUUUAGAAUGUUGAAACUUGACGAAGAAGCAAUAGGGAUAAGGUCGAGAUCGGUUCCAAGGGAUCGAUAUCAACAAGGUUUUGCAAGUUCUCCUUGCAGGGCUUGA